CAAACCUAGUAAGGUCAGAAGGCUUUCUCUACAGAGAGAAGAGUGCAUUGCAGCCUGAGUAUUACUAGCUUUAAAGCCUGGACACAGAGGUUUGCAAAAUGAAUGGAGAUCCUUUUCAGGAGACUAUGUACAUUGAAGAAAACUCAUAUAAAAAUGAUAUGAUCUCUUUGAUUUUCUCGCUGAAAGAAAAGGUUGGGGCGUUGGCUAAAGUUCUGCGCAUAUUUGAGGAAAAAAGUAUAAACCUGACCCAUAUUGAGUCCAGACCUUCCCGAGUCAACAAAGAUGAGUAUGAAUUCUUCAUAAACCUGGAUAGGAGGAAUACUCCUCUUCUCACGGAUAUCAUCAAGACUUUGAGAAACGAAAUGGGAGUGACUGUUCAUGAGCUUUCACGUAAAAAGAAGAAAGAUGCUGUGCCAUGGUUCCCGAGAACUAUCCAGGAGCUUGACAGAUUUGCCAAUCAGAUCCUAAGCUAUGGAGCUGAACUGGAUGCAGACCACCCUGGUUUCAAAGAUCCUGUUUACCGGGCCCGCAGAAAGGAGUUUGCUGACAUGGCCUACAACUACAGACACGGGCAGCCUAUUCCUAAAGUGACUUACACAGAGGAAGAAAAGAAAACGUGGGGCACAGUCUUCAGGGAGCUGAAGACUCUCUAUCCAACUCAUGCUUGCUAUGAACACAACCACGUGUUCCCGCUACUGGAAAAAUACUGUGGCUACCAGGAGGAUAAUAUUCCACAACUUGAAGAUGUUUCAAAAUUCUUGCAAACCUGCACUGGAUUCCGCUUACGUCCUGUCGCUGGCCUGCUGUCUUCUCGGGAUUUCCUGGCUGGUUUGGCAUUCAGAGUGUUUCACUCUACACAGUACAUCCGCCAUGGAUCUAAACCAAUGUACACACCAGAACCUGAUGUUUGCCAUGAGCUCCUAGGACAUGUACCUCUGUUUGCUGACAUUAGCUUUGCUCAGUUUUCCCAGGAAAUUGGACUUGCAUCCUUGGGAGCGCCGGAUGAAUAUAUUGAGAAACUUGCUACGGUCUAUUGGUUUACGGUGGAAUUUGGACUCUGUAAAGAAGGUGAUGCAAUAAAGGCCUAUGGUGCUGGGCUGCUGUCUUCAUUUGGCGAGUUGCAGUACUGUUUAUCAGAUAAGCCUGAAAUUCAAUCCCUUAACUUGGAGAAGACUGCAGUCCAGAAAUACCCCGUCACUGAGUUCCAGCCUGUUUACUAUGUUGCUGAAAGUUUUAAAAAUGCAAAGGAAAAAGUAAGGAGAUUUGCUUCAACAAUCCCUCGACCUUUCUCCGUUCGCUACGAUCCGUACACCCAGAGAAUUGAAGUCUUGGACAAUGCAAAGCAGUUGAAGAAUUUAGCUGAGUCCAUCAGCAGUGAGAUAGGAACUCUUUGCAGUGCCCUCAAGAAGAUAGAAUGAAGAUUUUCUCAGCGUCCUCUCUUCCAAGAGCUACUGGCUGAAGUGACCAUAUGCAAAUGCCAAUAAUAUUCUAGCUAUUUCACAUUAUCACUCUAUUGAAUGUGUGAAUGUUUAAGAUAUAUAUGUAUACACACACAUAUUACUUAAUUACUAUAGCUUAGCAACAAAAGAGGCUUCUGUGGGUGACUCUGUGCUCUCUUUGGUUGCAUAUCAUAAUUCUAUUUAAAAUUCACCCCAGCCCGGGUGACUAUCCACGGCCUGCACAUCUCUUCUGUCUGAAUCCUGGAGGCUGGCAGAAGAGGGAAUCCUUCUCCAUUCACCAGCCUGUGGAGUUACUGCAGCCCUGGUACUGCAUUGCCCCCAUGUCCCAGUGACAACGUGGCAAUGGCUAGCAGCAGAUUCACCCACCCUGCCACAUCCCUCCUACACUCCCAUCCCCCGCAGCCUGCAACCAUGCCGGGUUCCCCUGGAGAGCAAAGCUCUGUAUCCCUAGCUCGUACACAGACUCUACAUGUCCUCACAAACCCUGUCCCCUACAUAGCAAAUUUGCACCUCUUCCACCACACAUGGGGCACUCUGCACGGAGAAGAGGCCACAGUUUGCCACCUUAACAUGGGGCUUAAGUGGUACCUUGUGUGGGUCCUCUGCACUGGGAUGAAUUUUGCUGUAAAAGUUUUUGUUCUUCAAAAGUGACUUCAGAUUUAGUCAAAGAGUAGAUGCUCUGCUGUUACAAGUGGAGAAUGUGUUUUCAGUAUGUUUCUGACUCAUUAGUGAAGAUUUCUCCUCCAGUGUUAAAAUAUUGUGUUCACACCGUGAAUGUUUCCCACAGCUCAUAAUCCAGGGACUAAAUUUGCUAUGUCACAGAUUGGACAUUUGAACCAUCCUGAGCAAAGCAGAGCAAAUCAGUGUUUCCCAUUAACAAUUUUCCCAUACACAAGUUUCAACAUGUGAUGACAGGUUUCAGAGUGGUAGCCGUAGUUAGUUUAAUAGUAUCAGCAAAAAGAAUGAGGAGUCCUUGUGGCACCUUAGAGACUAACACAUUUAUUUGAGCAUAAGCUUUCGUGGGCUAAAACCCAAAUAAAUGUAUUAGUCUCUAACAUGUGAUGAGAGGUUCUAAAGCUGCUGUGGGCUUUACAAAACUAAUUUAAAAGUCCACAAAAUGUAAAACCUAUUAUUGCACCACUUUUAUGUUUACAUCUCGAAAAGCAAUGGAUCUUUCAUUCAAACGUUGUCCUUUAAGAGGAUACAAACUACAGUUGCCUCUAUUAUAUUUAUAGCAUAUACUAAUCUAAGGAUACUGGGCCGGAUCCAGGUUUUUUGCCACCCCAAGCAAAAAAAAAAAAAAAAGAUGGAGUGCCGCCCCUUGAAAAGUGCUGCCCCAAGCACAUACUUGGAAGGCUGGUGCCUAGAGCCGGCCCUGUAAGGAUACCAGCUGGGACCUUUUUGAAUAGAAGUAUAUUUAUACAAAAUGGCAUCAUUUUGGUGCUUUGAAGUAUCACUUUUUAUCACUGAGUCUUUUAUUGUGUGGUAAUGUUUGUGCAAACCUUUAAUCCCUGGCACUUAUUUCAAAAGUGAAAGAAGCCCAUGUUCCUUCCCUUCUAGUAUAGUGAUGCCUCUAAGGUGAUUGUGGUCACAAAGGACGAUUCCACCACAAGUUUGAAGUCUUUCAAAAUAAUCUGCUGCUGGCUUUCAAAUCUUGUUGUGACUGCUGCUAUGAAUAACAGAAGAGCAGCAUCCAUGGUGCUGUUGGGAACACAGGAUACAUGGUUUCCUUUAUACUUAAGUGGAAUUAUUAAACAACUUUCACAUUUUGGGUCUGAUUAUGUCUCAUUUACACAGGUGUAGGCUGGAGUGACUCCAGUUAAAUCAAUGGAAUUACAUUGGUGUCAAACUAGUGUUAAGUGAGGGGAGGGAGAGAACUGGCCCCCUCAGGAUUUUAGAAAUGGAUGAAACAAACUGCAACUAGAUUUUCUUACUAAAAAAAAUAAUCUUAUGCAUUUAUUUUUAAAUAUUUUAAGUUAGCUGCAUUUAGAAUACUAGUUUUAGUGGAUAGCUCAAGAAAGAAAUUAAAAUUUGUAAAAAAUCUUUUAAUUUCUCUGCUGUCUGGUAAACAUAUCAUUCUGCUUUGUAAACUAAAUGCAUGUAAAUGUUUAGUAAGCCAGUAUUAAAACAAAUAUUUACAAAUAUAGAGAGUACUUUUUAAGUGGUGUGUCAGACUAAAUAAAAAAACAACUCAAUAGUAUUUUGCACUUCUGCAGCAUCAUUCAUGGAAGAACAUCAAAAUGCUUUAAAACCAUUAACUAAGAAAUCUCAGAUCCGUGAAGUAUUGCCUGUAUUUUACAGUCAGGGAAACUGAGGCAUGGAAGGUUAUUGGCAUGUCCAGGAUCUGCUAUCGAGCCUGAGAUAAAAAUUCUGGAUCGGCUCUGUCAAUUUAGGCUAAUAUAGUGUUCCCAUUAUAGUGCUAUCCAAGUAUUUAGGAUACUCAACUAUAACUAAACUUCUGACCACCAGUCCCAUGCUAUAACCUCUUUCUCUCCAUACUUCUUCCUUCAGUGCUUCUUGUAGAAUAAGCUAAAAUAUCCAUGGUGCCUUCAUUCCUGACUAAGGUGAUCAAAAAGUUGUGGUGAGACCGCUUUUGCAGUAUCCAGUUGCCUCAGAUCUCCUUGACCCUUUUCAGCUUGGGUACCAACCUGGUUACGAAACAGAGCCCACCUUAGUUGCAUUGAUAGAAGAUCAGCUGUCCAUGCUGAUAUUAUUACAGUAGGUAGCUGCCUUUAAUAGAGUUGAUCACGAUGGUGUUUGUUAUUGUAAAGAUGGGGAGGGAGACUUGAGAUUUUACCUUGCUUGUUGCUGAUGGUUUAAUCUUAAAGUAUACUGCUGCACUUAGCAUGUACUGUAUUUUUAAGUUAUGUCAAAGGUGUAUAGAUAGAAGACCUGGUUAGCAUUUAAAUUCAUCUAAAUGAAUAAUAGUCAUACCAUAUAAAUUCAUUAUCAAUAAAGCUGCAACAAUAAAUACAAUGUAAAAACCACUGUAUGAAAAGGAUUUCUGCUGAAAUGAGUUAGUUGCUUUUGGUUGAUUUGUUUGUUUUUCCUAAAAGUGCCUAUAGCUAAUAUGAUUGGAGUGGCUUUUCAUUCUUCUGUAUACCCCGUUUCUUCUAAGCUCCAUAAAGUAACACUAAUAAUGAGUGAUAUGUGCACAUCAAGUAGUGACUAGAUGCCGUAUAUAGUGCAUUGUGAUAUUCUGUAUUUUGAAGCAUUUACUUUUCAUCUUCAGUAUGGGGGUUGGGAUGUAAUUAUACAUCUUUGAGUAGCGUCUCGUUAGCAGGUUUUUCUGUCUGCACAAAUGCACAGUUGAGCCAACACUUACUUUGGUGCCUCACUGCAUCCAAACCAUUUAACUUCCUUACCAUUUAUUUUCAUUAAAUUGCAUAUGUUCACUGUUACUUUUUAUGUCAACAGAUUAUCAUGUUCUUUGCAGAGCUAAAUAAAUACAGUGUUAAGUACAUAUUAAGUGUAUAUUUCAGCAGUAUUGGGCAAUGUACUGUUUAAAGCGCUGAUCCUUGUAUAUGUCCUAAAAGCAAUAGGUGAAAGUUUUGUUUUGUUUUAUGCAAAUAAAAUUGCUAACAAUAACCCAUUAA